CUAAAGCUUACUCUAUAUAUUUGGAGUUGUGAGCCAUGGCAAUUGCAACCAUGACUACUCCUCUUCCUUUUUCCUUUUUCCCUUGCCUUCUUCUCAUUCCCGCUAUCUGUUUUACCAUUUGUCAUGCCAAUUCCAACCUACUUUGCAUUCAGAGUGAGAGAGAAGCUCUUUUGAAAUUCAAGAAUCAUCUUAUUGAUCCUUCAAACAGGCUAUCGUCAUGGGUUGAAGGUGGGGAUUGCUGUGAAUGGACUGGUGUCGUCUGCCAUAACUCAACAGGCCACGUCAACCAACUGCACUUGGCCGCUCCUCUUUCAGAGCCUGAUGGCUUUGCAACAAAUGCUGAAUGGGAAGCUUACAACAAUUCCCCGCUAGGAGGCAAAAUAAAUGCUUCGCUGCUGGAGUUGAAGCAUCUCAGUUCCCUGGACUUGAGCAAUAACGAUUUUAGCAGCAUACAUAUCCCGAAAUUUUUCGGUUUGCUGGAGAGUUUAACAUAUCUUAACCUCUCUGGUGCACUAUUUCAGGGAGCAAUUCCUCAUACCCUUGGGAAUCUCUCAAAUUUGCAGUACCUUGAUCUUGGAGGUAAUGAUCUCAAAUCAAAAAGUCUUCAAUGGGUUUCUGGACUUUCUUCCUUGCAGUACCUUGAUUUGAGCUCUGCGAAUCUUUCUAAAGCAACUGAUUGGGUACAGGUAACAUUCAAACUUCCCUCUUUGUUAGAGUUGCACUUGUUAGGUUGUGGUUUAGAAGAUGAUCCAUCUCCGACCAGUGUUAAUUCUACAAAAUCACUGGUUGUUCUUGAUCUUUCGGGGAACAGCUUAUCUUCAGUACCUAAGUGGAUAUUUAGUCUUCAUGGUCUUGUGUCCAUUGAUCUUAGUGGCAAUUCUUUGGAAGGCCCAAUUCCAGAUUACUUUGGGAACAUCUCGUUUCUUGAAGUUCUUGAUCUUAGUAUCAAUUUUCUCAAUUCACCCAUACCCAACUCCUUGUACAGUUUAAACCGUCUUCAGUUCCUUAGUCUUAGGGGUACCGAGUUACAAGGAACAAUCUCGAGUGCCAUUGGAAACUUGAGCUCUGUUACUCACCUUGAUCUUUCAGAUAGUCAAUUAAGUGGUCAAAUUCCAUUGUCUAUAGGGGAGUUAUCAUCUCUGAAGUUGUUUGAUGUUUCAAAUAAUCAAUUAAACGGCCAAAUUCCCUUGUCUAUAGGGCAGUUGUCAUCUUUGGAGGAGUUUGAUGUUUCAGAAAAUCAAUUAAAUGGUCAAAUUCCAUUGUCUAUAGGGGAGUUAUCAUCUUUGAAGUUGUUUGAUGUUUCAAAAAAUCAAUUAAACGGCCAAAUUCCCUUGUCUUUUGGGCAGUUAUCAUCUUUGGAGGUAUUUGAUGUUUCAGAAAAUCAAUUAAAUGGUACUUUUCCUCUAUCUUUUGGACGACUAGAAAGUUUGGAAACUCUGGAUUGUGGGUAUAAUCUAUUAGGAGUUGUAUCAGAAACCCAUUUUUCUAAUCUCACGAGAUUGACAACUCUAGCAGCAUCACAUAAUCGGCUUAGAUUUGAACCAAACUCAAGCUGGAUUCCCCAUUUCAAUGUGAACGGAUCGAAUUGGGUAACUGGCAUCUUGGCCCAAAGUUUCCCCAGUGGCUAAAAUUCCAAAAGAAAUUGUCUUAUUUGGACAUCUCCUGUGCAGGAAUUUCAGAUGUCAUGCCCACUUGGUUUUUGAACCUUCCCACUCCAUUUGAAUCUUUAAACCUUUCCUCGAAUCAACUUAGAGGAGAGAUUUCAUAUUUGAAUGUGAGAAGCUCUGUUGAUUUGAGUUCAAACCGAUUCAUAGGCCCAUUGCCAAGAGUAUUCCCAACUUUAGUAUUUCUAAUGUUAUCAAAUAAUUCAUUUUCGGGAUCUCUUUUUGAAUUACUUUGUAAUUCAUCAAGUGGGAAAUUGACGGAAGUUC